AUCCUUAAAAAUACGAUAUCGUUUAAACAGAGGACGUACGUGGGAGAUCGAGAGCGAGAGUCCAGUGCGUUCAUUGAAACUAUACACGAAAUCUUGAUUAUACAUGUCCCAUAUGCGCAUAUUUACGUUUCUUAUGAGAACUUAGAAUUGGGACGUCUACGCCCACAACUUAAGACCAUCUAAGUGACCAUAAAAUAAGGAAGAUGUCGUUUGCCGGAUUCAAGAAGCAGCUUAACAAAGCUAAUCAGUUUAUGAGCGAAAAGAUAGCAGGUGCUGAGAAGACAGAGUACGAUGAAGAAUUUGUAGACUUGGAGAAGACAAUUGAUGUCACUUCACUUGCAGUUGACGACAUAAUCACAAAGACGAAUGAGCUUCUUCAGCCAAAUCCCUUAACCAGAGCGAAGCAGAGUACUGCGAUGACAGUCUCCAAGAUGCGAGGGCAGACCAAGAACUCAAGGUAUCCCCAGCCCGAGGCCACGCUAGGAGACUGCUUUCUGAAGUUUGGAAGGGAUCUGGGUGAAAACUCAGUCUUUGGUAAUGGCCUUCUAGAAGUUGGUGAGGCCCACAAGCAGCUAGCUGAUAUCAAGGACAGCCUUGACUUCAACAUCAGGCAGAACUUUCUUGAACCUCUGGAUCACCUGAGACAGAAAGAGCUCAAGGAGAUAGUGCAUCAUCGCAAGAAGAUGCAAGGUCGCCGGCUAGACUAUGACUGCAAGAAGCGGAAGGUGCAAAAAGGAGGUUCACAGAUUCCUGAGGAAGAGAUUCGAAUGGCACAGGAGAAGUUUGAGGAGUCUAGGGAUAUUGUUAUGAAUGGAAUGAUGAACCUUGUGGAAAGUGAUGUUGAACAAGUAAGGCAGCUGCAAGCCCUGGUCGAGGCUCAGCUGGAGUACCAUCAGCAGGCCCAAGAAAUCCUCAACCAGCUUACAUCCAGCCUAGGCGACAGGAUCAUGGAGGCAGAGAACCAGCCAAAGGCCUACAAACCUAGGAGAGUAGUGACCAGUACCCUGUCCAGUAACUCCCACACCACAGACAGUGAUGACGAUGAUGACAGCGGUGUCAGACAGAUCUCAUACAAACCAUCAAGUGCACCACCAGCAGCUCCGACAGCUCGGAUUUGCAAGGCCCUCUACGACUUUGAGCCUGAGAACGACGAGGAGCUUGCCUUCUCGGAAGGAGACAUGAUCACGCUCAUUUCGGAAGUCGACGAGAACUGGCUACAAGGAGAAGUCGACGGCAAGACUGGGUUCUUCCCAAGGAACUAUGUAGAUCUUUCAGCAAUUUAAAAUUAAACUUAUUAAUUUUUACCCUCUUCAAUCCCCUGUCAUACGUGAUAUUAUCCUCAGAGAGUUUGAAUUGUGUUAGCAGCAGAGACCCACACCAAUGUAACUCUGUGAGACUGGGCAUUCAAAAAAGUUAUUUCCCAGCAUUUGUUGGGUAAAAGAGCAAAAUUCUUCCUUUAUCAAUGAGUAAUUUCUCCAAAUUGCUCCUUGUGAUUUUCUGUUAGAUUCCUUUAGCAGGUAUUGAAUUGUGAAUGAUUGAUAUUGUUUACUCAUUAAAGAUUAAUAGUAGGUAAUACACCAUUUAGAAGCAAGUCUAGCUCAUAAGGGAAACAUUUGUCCAAUGUCCUAACUCCUAAAGCAUUUCAACAUAGCUCCCUUUUACCAAAGAAUUCAGUCACUAUCUUCAGAUAACGUGGUAAAGAAGUCAGAAAGCUUUUAUAUCAUUUGUUAUUAUUAUACAUUUUAGUUGUACUUAAUGCAGAGGUUUAUCCUAGGUAUUCCUUUUUCUUUUCCUUUGCCUUUUUAGAGAAGAAGAAAUGAAUAUAUAUUCCCUCUUCAUACUUGUGUUCAAUCGAGGCAUUGAACAGGCUAUUUUUUUUCUUUGAAUUUCAUGUUUUAGUGUAUAAUGAUAGAUUUGUAAUGGUGCGAGAGAUGUCCACCCCGCACCAGCCCCCUACGAUUCUUAUGUACAAUAGCUAGUUUUUAUAUAGCAUUUUUGUUUUGAUUAACACUUUCAUAGCAUCCUCAAAAGGUCUUGUAGAAUAUGGGCAAAAGUACAUUAGUAUUAGUAAACGGUCAUGUUUGCUGGCAAAUAUGGCAUGCAAGGCCCAAAAGAAUGCUCCCGGUUUGUUUCCCCUCCCAUCAAUUGAUAUUGUGAUUUUAGAAGUGCGAAGAUAAUACACAUUCUGCUUGUGAUAUAUAUGUCAUAAAGCAACUGUUGUAUCGAAUUUCAUUGUAUAGCGAAAGUUGCAGUUACAGACUGGGAAAACAACGCUUUAUAAAAGAACGGCAUGUAAAGAAACUAUUACUUUUGAAGAGGUCGCUUGACAAGAAAGCGGGCUUGAAUCCAUGCUCAACCAGCCGUUUCGUUCUACGUUUCUUUAAACGAUGUUCAGACUGGAAAAGGGUAAUUACUUAUCGUUUAGGUAAAAGAACGAUUCUCAUCUCAUGAGGCAACACAAUGUGAUUCAAAACUCUUGUAGGGUUACUGAAUGGUACAUGUAUAAGACAGAAGGCAGCCACAUGCAAUAUUGAGGAGCUCAAUCAUACUAAAAAAAAUGUUGUGAUUCCAUGUACAUAUUACAUUAGAAAGAAAGGCAAUAGGAUGAUCUCCUUUUAUAUCAGUUGUCUCCUCUUAAAUUAUGCUAAAUCAAUCUAAUUUUCAACUCCCAUAUCAAUGUAUUGUCAAUGAACCAUAUUUCUUUCAUUUGAGAUUAUGUUGGUUACAGGAUAAUUCACGUUUGCAGUUUCCAGUAUUUGGAGACGAGUCACACUUAUUGCAUUUAUCAUCAUGGAUUCUAUUCAUUUGUAUGUUUGAUAUUAUACAUCAUGAAAAUUCAUUUCAAUUCAAUGUCAGAGGCAAGUUUGGUACUGGCAAAAGUCCAGUGAAGUUCUCGCUUUGCUCUUGAUGCAUUCGUCUUAUGAACUCUCCACGUGAUGAUGGACGUUCAUUGUCUUUUCUCUGGAACCGUAUAGAAGAGUCUGUUCUAUGGAAUUUGAUUAGUUCAACAAACGUUUCAUAUUGUUCAUGGUUAGUAUUGAAUGAACUGUAUAGAUUCUCUGAUUCUGUGUAUUAUUUAACAUCCAAAUAGUCUAUUUUACUACAGCUCUUGUAUUAUAUGUCAUGUUAUAAAUCAGUUUGAUAUUAUUAUAUCUAUAUCUUAUGUGUCAAUGCAGUAUCCAAUAUGUCCAUUCCAAAAUCAUUUGUAUAUGUUGAAGAAAGCAGCUAGGAAAACAGGGCUUGAUUUUUAAGGACAUUGAAUUUGUAAGUUAUGAAUGAGAAUGGUAUUGUAUCUCAUGAUUAUCAAUUUCAUUGUAGCACUAUUGCUUUAUGAUGCUGCCCAGUCAUACUGACAAGACUGACCCCAGACCUACCCCGGUUCGACCUCAGUUCGACCCCAGACUGACAAUAGAAUGAACAAAAUAUUACACUAUAUAGGCUUUGGCCCAGUUUUGGUUGAUUUGGAGUCGGUUUGAUGGUCCAACUAGGCUAUACCACCAAUGAGACUUACAUCAGACCAAACAGAAAGGAAAACAAAUCAUUUACCUCGGAUGGUCAAGCUUUUGUCAAUUUACGGGUCCGUUUCGGGUCCGUUUCGGGUCCGUUUCGGGUCCGUUUCGGGGUCGUUCGCGGUCUGUUUCGGGGUAUGAUUAAGUUGUUAGAGUUUGUAUAAUAUAUUAUAAAACUGUUAUUUUUGUGAAAGUGCAAAGAUUGCUACAUGUACAUUAUUUUGGUAGUAUUAUAGUUUGUUUCAUGAAUAAUUCAUUUCAAAUGGGAGUUUAGAGUAUUUGGGAAAGCGGGUGUAUUAAUAGAAGUACAUAUAAAUAUAUGUUAAAGAGAUAAAUUCAACAUUUGUUUCUUCUUAAAAAGUCAAUUAUAUAUAUAUAUAAAAGAUUUCAGUACAUUCUACACACAAGAAAAUUAAAAUUAAGAGAUUUUUUUUCAAUAUUUGGUUUUUGAGCUGAUUUGUCAACAGGUGUCAAAUAUGGAAUUUUUAAUAAAAUCAUGAAAAAGCAGAAAUCACAUCUCAUUUUACUGUUGAAUGUUCAGACGUAUAUCUUGAAUAUGUGACAUUUGGGCAUUAAGGCAAAAUAGCCAUAGGAAUAUUUUCCUAAGGAACCAACCAUAGACCUUUGUGAACAAUAGAUUCCAUCUUUAAGGAGGUGAAUUCUUACAGUCAUACUAAAUCACAUUUUGACAGUAUCAGUUAUUACAGUGUCAUUGAGAUAUUUUGUAGACAUCGAAACUAAAACCCUAAAAAGCACAUGGUUUAUAAUUAUGUAAACCUUCAUUUAGUUUUGAAUUUUUAGUCUAGAUAUAUUGCCUUUCUGCUUCAAGUUAAUGAAGUAGGGCCCCACGGCUGACCAGCUGAUGUGGAAUGGGCUAUCCCAUAUCAUUAAAUAAAUAAAUGAUUUUUUUUUUUUUAAUGAACACUCCGCCUGUUUUGGAGCCAAAAGGGAGUUAUUUCUGUGUAAAACGAUUAUUAGUUAAUUCCCUCCUGGCUCCAAACAGACAAGUUUAUUUUUCUAGAUUUUAAAGGAUCAUGUAUGAUAUUCCCUCGUGUGCCACAGUUUAAAAUAGAAGUAUGAUUGGUAUGGCAUAUGAGGUAGUUUUUUUUUUUAAUAGCUUGUAAUAGAUUAAAAUAAUGGGUUUUUCUCGUUUUCUAAAUCAUAGAUAUGACGAAUAAUUACCCGGUAGGACGUAUUUUCUAGAGCGAUGAAGAAAAAAUGAAUAAGAAAAGUAUGAAUCUUUCUAUUUAAAAAAUAUAUAUAUAUCUUCCAUUAUACAUGUAUGUGUAAAUUGUUGAUUUAUGAUCCUGAUUUUUAUUAUCAUUCAUGUUUUAUGAAAUCCAUAAAUGGUCCAGUAGGUAGGCAUAAAUUAAAACAUCCAAUAUUCAAAAUUGUUGAGAAAUUGCCGAAGUAUAUGAUGAGUCACAUUAUAUAAUUAAGAGUCUUUUUGAAGAUUGAGAAAAAACAGAAUAUAUUUGUUUAUAUUUUCCAAAAUUUGUAUAAAUAUGAAUCAAAUGAUUUAUGAUUGAGUGAUAUUUUGUGUAUUUUUUUAUAAGAUGCAUAUCUUUGUGAAUUAAUAGAGUGAUUUUCUUUGUUUUUAAUGCAAUUUUGAUUGUAUUUUGUCAUCAGUGUAACGUUGAUGGUACUGUAUAAAUUGGCACUACAUAUUUACCUACUAAUAUCCUCUAAA